UGCUAACCGGUGAAAUAUCCCUGACGCACUUGCAUGUUCACGUACUAAAACGUUAGCUACAUUAAUAUCAGCAGCUCAAAGAGUGAACCUUUCGCUGUCCGAAUGUAUUUGUUUGCACACUUAUACAUGAAAGACCCUGUAUGUGCUCUCCAAGUGUUCAUUAAAAUAUUUUUUCUUAAUUUAUAUCCGCUUGUCGUAUCCUCGGCUUGUCAUUAUAGUUUGUUUUUGCUAAUAGCUACGGUAUCAUUUUUGCGGUAUUGAGCGGAACGUUGGUUAACGUUCGGUAACCUUAGAAACAAGACGUAACGAUAAAAAAUAUUGAAUAUAUAUAAAGAGCGCCUGUUGUCGUUAGGCACUGAUAAUUUGCAGUGUGCCCACUAUACUGUGAAAAACAGCUGCAGUAUCAUCGACUAGAUCAUCUUAGGCCCACAGAAUGGCUGCAGCAGGACCUGCAGCCGGACCAAGUACCUCCAAGAAGAAUCUGGAUAUUGAUAUCUACGGUGACCUGAAUCAAAACGAAGACGAUUUGGACAGAAUUGCUGAAACCAAUGAACUUUUUGAUGCUGUUCUGACUGGCUCAGUUGAUCAGGACAAGAAAGUUAGUACAAAUGCCGUGCCUCCUAAGGACUCACCAGUUAAAGUGAAGGCUGAAUCAACAACAGAAAAAAGUAAACCGGGAGGCAACUUACUGAGGAAACUGUCUUUAUAUAUUGGAAAUUUCCCUUGGUGGACAUCUGAUAAGGACCUCCUGCGUGUGGCUCAGAGGUUGGGUGUGAAGGACAUCACAGAUAUCAAAUUUGCUGAGAACAGAGUUAAUGGCCAGUCAAGAGGCUAUGCAGAGGUGGUGGUAACCUCAGAAGAGUCUCUAAAAAUAUUGUUGGAAAAAAUACCCCGAUGUGAACUUCAUGGGGAAAGGAUAGACUGUCGCUUUGCCACUCGCCAGAACCUUGCCAUGUUUGAGGACACAGCAAAUAAACGUAUUCCAUUGCGUGUUACGUCCAAAGACCCAAAGGACUCGGGUUCUUCAGAAAAGAUCACCUCAUCAUUAUCUCAGGAGCCCAGCACUCCUCCUAUACCUGCCUUUUUUCCAUCACACACCAGUGCAAACAGGUUUCCCUCAUUACCCAGCCCUUUCCUCAGUCAGCCACCACCUUUCUUCCCACAUAUGCCACCAAACAUCCCUCCACCCAUGCCGCACACCUUGUUCCCUCCUCCUCCUGUCCGUCUUCCUAGCCAACCAUCUCCCAGUAUGCAUGUAAAUCCAGCGUUGUUCACCUCAGCACAAGAUGGGCACAGCAGCAAAGGCUACAGCCAACAAAAACACACGCAUGGUACAGAUGGAGAUUUUGAGGAGCUGAUGAACAGAAAUAGAGUUAUUGCCAGCAGUGCCAUCUCCAAGGCUGUGUCCGGAGCAACAACUGGAGACUUGCGAGUGGCAAUGGAGACUCUGUUAACUGCCAUUGCCAUCAUUAAGCAGUCCAGAGUGUAUGGAGACGAACGCUGUCAAGCCCUGGUCACCUCACUCAAAGACUGUCUAGUCUCUAUCCAGGGCAACUACGGCUACAGGAGUACCAGUCGUUCUAGGGAUGAAGAAAGAGGCCGGGACAGGGGUCGUGACAGAGAGCGAGAGCGCGAUCGAGAACGUGACAGAGAAGGUUCGUCUGGAUGGGAAGGUUCGGGAACGUCUCGAAGACGCAGAGAACGCUCCUGGAGCGUGGAGAGGGACAAGGAACGCUCAAGGGAACGGGAAAGGGAAAGGCACAGAGAUCACAGAGACCGAUACCGCUAACUUGACUGGAGUGUUUAAGCGUGAAGUAAAGACAGGAUUUUCUGUUUCUGCACCAAGCUGUAUAACAAUUUUGAGAAAUCUAUGGUGAGACUGGAGAUGUGUCUUCAAAAGUCUAAAAUGUACCUUUUUUUGUUGUUGUUCUCCAGUCACAUGUACAUACUAGGACUUUUACCUGCUUUAAGAAAAAAAUGUGAUUGUAGAUAUGCUGCUGGGACGUGAGAUCCCUGUACUUGCAUGUGUGGAAACACCUCUAAAUAACCUAUAUAAUGUGGUGUAAUGUUUUCAUCACUUUCUUUUGUAUUAAAUCUACAAAUUAAAAAUACAUUCCCUGCA